AAUUGUAAAACCUGAACACACGCAGGGUCCGCUAAACCCUUUUUGAAACACGGACACACAGAAACCCCCAAGUGAACUCAGGAAAGAGAGGAGUCAAAAGAAAAAAAAAAUGGCGGUUCCAGGAAGGCGCAACGGUAUGAUAGAAGACGACGAAGACAUAGAAGAAAACGGUUUGUUCGAAGAAGAGGGUCUGGUUGAGCUCGACGACGAAACCCCUCCCCACCUCCGCGACCUCGCCGCCGCUACUCAGCUCGGCGACCUCGAAGCCCUCCGCCUCGCUCUAGAUAACUUGACUGGAAGCAUUGAUGAACCUGUGGAAGAUGGGGACACAGCUCUCCAUCUGGCCUGUCUCUAUGGCCAUUUGCCCUGUGUCCAGCUACUUUUGGAAAGAGGAGCAAGCUUGGAGGCUAAGGAUGAAGAUGGUGCAAUUCCUCUUCAUGAUGCUUGUGCAGGGGGAUUUAUCGAGAUAGCCCAACUUCUAUUAAACUUUUCUAAUGACUCAGAAAUUGUAAAGAGGAUGCUAGAAUCAGUUGAUGUUGAAGGUGAUACUCCUCUCCAUCAUGCGGGAAGAGGUGAGCAUGUUGAUGUUAUAAGGCUCUUACUGGCUUCUGGGGCUUCUCCUACAAACACAAACUCAUAUGGAAAGACCCCAAGUGAGCUAGCUGAUCAGAACACAGAAGCUAGGAGAAUUUUGGAAGCUGCUGCUGCUGCUGUGGCAAGCGAGUAGGCUUUACCAAAUACUAAUUGAAAAUGUCCAUUUUUUAGGCUGUAGCCACCGCUUUUUGGUCUUUUGCUAUAAGUAGGUAACUCCAGAAGUUUGCCGAUCUUUGAUGGCAUCAUUAUUUUAUCUAUCAUAUAUAAUUUCAGUGAAA